AUGUAUAAAAGGAAGACUAGACCAGCCAACAAUGCCAUCAAAAAUAAAUCUGAGCUAGAAGGCCACUCUAUCCUUAAAAGUGAAGUCACAGCAGCACUCAGAAGCAUGAAAAACAAUAAAGCACCAGGAAAUGAUAACAUCACGAAAGAAAUGUCAGAGGCUUGUGGUGAUGUAGAAAUUAACAAACUGGCCAAACAAAUGAAGGAGUCUAUCUUCAUAAUUCCUAAGAAAGGUGACCUGCUUAACUGCUCUAAUUACCGCCUAAUCAGUCUUAUGAGCAACAUAACCAAAAUCCUUAUUCGCAUAAUCAUGUCCAGAAUGAAAAAAGGUUAUUCACACUGA